AGAAAGCCGGUAGCACCUGCAGGAGAAAAGUGAUAUAACACGACCGUCUGAAAACAGAUGCGACCCGCACCGUAGUCGCACCGAGACCCUAUAUUUACUGUCCUCUAUCGGUGCAUUUACAAAACAUAUCAAAUUAUAGAGCUUCUACCGCAUUUUCAAUUACGCUAAAUAUUGCACGAUUGUUUUUUUUUUAAUUCUUCCGUGCACUUUUUUUUACAUGCUAAUGUGCAUAAUUAAAUCACGCGUAUAAACGUGAAUAAGAUAAAGAAAGAGAAACGACGACAAAGAUGAUGACAGAUAUGAGUGAAACUGAGACUGCUGAAGUUUACUUAGGAACUGAGCAGGAGGAAUGCAAGGAUGUGAUAGAUUUCACAGAGGCUAUAGAAAAAUUGGCAGAGGGUCUCUUGAACAUUUAUCAGCCUCCACUGGAACAAGUUAAGAAAGAACUCUUGGAACUAACGAGCAAACAAGAAACUGUACUUGCUCAGAUGCAAUCUGAGAACAAAAAGAUAAAUGAAACAUUUGAAGAUGUAGAUCUAAAUGAUAUGUUUGCUACGAUUAAAGUGUAUCAAGGGAAAUUAGCAUCAAUAAGAAAAGAGAUGAUCAGUAUUCAUGAAAGAACUUCCAAGUUAAAGAAACGUGCGUUACGUUUGCAACAAAUAAAGCAAAAGGAAGCAUUAAACAAAGAGCAACAACGCGAACAAGAAUUACGCAGAGAGCAAGAAUUAAUUGCCAGGCCUGUGACCAAUUAACAGCAUAUAAAUUUUAAAAAUAUAAACCAAUAACUAAAUAGGUAAUAAUAUAAGUAGAAGUAAUUUAUAUGAGAGAAAAGUAUAUAGACACAUAUACGUAUGUAUAAAAGAUGAGAUUGCUAUGAGAGAAUUUAUAUAUAUCCAUUGCUUACAAUAAAAAGUGUGGAACAUAUCAAAAAUGUUAUUCUAUAUAUAAAAAAAGGUUAUUGAAUAU